UUUGUAAGUUAUAAUUUUACGACGAUAUAGUUUACAAAUGUAAUUAUAAAAGUGGUAAAAACAUUAAAAUGGCAGCUAUGUAUAGUUUUGUAAUACUACUGUUAAUAGGUUUUGGAGAAGCUUAUUAUUACAAUGACAAUUUAUCUCAAGUUCUAUUGCAAAAAGAAAAAGAGAAAAAUCUAGAACUUGUAACAUGGUGUACCACAUCAGUCCUAGAACAGGAAAAAUGUGAGAAAUUGGCCAAAGCGGUGAUGCAGGAUAAGGGUCUAUUUGGCGAUGAUUACAGAGAAAUUGCAUGUAAAAGGGCUUUUGACACUGAAGACUGUAUGAUAUGGGUGGAUCAAGGAGAAGCUACACUUUUAGCUUUAGAUGCUGGUGAAGUUUAUAUCGCAGGCAGAUAUCACUCUCUCGUACCAAUAGCACAAGAGUUAUAUGGCAAUGGUGAACCAUAUCAAUAUUCUGUGGCUGUUGUGAGGAAGGGAAGUCUACCUUCAGUUCAGCCGAGUACAGGACUGCACGGACUGCGGGGUGCAAGGGCCUGCUUCCCUGGUGUAGGGGCAUUAGCUGGAUGGGUUAUGCCAGUACAUAUUCUGAUGCAAGAAGGUGGUUUGAAAAUAACAGAUUGUAAUAAUCAUAUCAAAUCAGCGGUGGAUUACUUCGGAGACUCGUGUGCACCAAACUCAUUGAAGGACAUAUACAAUCCUAUUGGAGACAAUCCUGACAAGUUAUGCAAGUUGUGUUCUGGUGGUGCGGGUAUACGUUGUACAUUAGCGGACCCUUACGCAGGGUACGAAGGUGCACUCAAGUGUCUCGUAGACAACAACUCCGGUGAUAUCGCAUUCGUAAGAGAUACGACCAUACAACAUGCGCUGUUAUCACACAAAAUAUUAGGUGGAGUGAGUGAGGAUAGCUUUGAAUUGAUAUGUCGCGAUGGUUCCCGCGCUCCUGUGACGUCAUGGGAGAAGUGCAACUGGGGUCGUAUCCCCGCUGACGCUGUUGUGACCAGCAGCGCCGCCUCACAGGAACAAAGGAAAAGCUAUCAAAAUCUUCUACAGAAAAUGGUGCAAUUGUACGGUGAACCCAAUCCUUCUAAUAAGAAUCCAAACAAUACAUUCGGACAACAGAAUCGCGAUCAGUAUGGUAAUCCGUUCAGUUCUACUGAACGAGAUUCAUAUGAUACAUAUGACCCGUACAGAAGAAAUAGAUUUAAUUACGAUGACAAACAAGAUAAUGAUGGAAAUAGAGUAAGCACACUAGCACCGUACCAAGCUAGAUUGGAUCGUUCCGGACAACCUAUUGAACUGCCUUUCCAAUUGUUUGUUUCUAAUGAAACUACUGAUUUGUUGCUACAGGAUGCAACAAUAAACUUCCGUAUGUUACAUGAAGAAGAACAAGCAUCAAAACACAUAUUGAACAAUAAGUAUGUCGGAGACCAGGCAGAGAAAGCGGUGCUGGGUGUCAGAGCAUGUCCAUUGAAGCGAGCUAUACUGUGUGUUACAAGUGACCCGGAGAUGGACAAGUGUAUUAAAAUGAGAAUAGCGUUGAAGGCGGCUGUGUUGUCGCCGACAUUGUCGUGUUGGCGCGGACACAGCGCACGUCACUGCGAGCGCGCGGUCGCUGAAGGUAGUGCUGACUUCACAGUACUGGAUGCUGCGGACAUGCUGCACGCCGCGUAUAAACACCGGCUAGUACCCUUCAUGCAGGAGGUUUACACAAGCGGCGAGAGUUGGUACUACGCAGUUGCAGUUGCCAAAGAACAAGACCCCGACACCGACCUGACGUAUCUGCGCGGCAAGAACACCUGCCACUCUGGGAUCGGCACCGCAGCGGGAUGGAUAUAUCCAUUGGCCUAUCUGCUAUCCAAUGGAUGGAUCAGGCCGUACGGUUGCGAUGGCGCACACGCAGCCGCGCAGUACUUCAGCAAGUCGUGCGCACCUGGCGCCCUCAGCACCGAGUACGUGGACGCCGCCACUGUGCCGCACGACAAUCUCUGCCAUCUCUGUCAUGGAGCUUCCUUCAGACGUUGUCGUCGUGACGCGAGCGAGCCGUACUACGGGCACGUGGGCGCGCUGCGCUGCAUGGUGGAGGGGGGAGGGGAUGUUGCCUUCGCGCGACACACCGCCCCCGCUGAGGUGUCAGGUGGGCGACGACGAGAGUGGUGGGCGCGAGACCUGCUGCCAGACGACCUGCAGCUGCUCUGUCCUGAUGGUACUCGUGCUAAGAUGUAUGAAUAUGAACACUGCAAUCUAGGCAAAGUACCCGGCGCGGUGUUGAUGGGACGCGCCAAUCACACAGAACUUGAUACGUAUUCGAAUCUCAUGAUAUACGCACAACAAUUAUAUGGCGCAGCCACUUCUGAUGAAUUCAGUUUCAGCAUGUUCUUUUCUCAACCACCAUACGCAGAUCUAAUCUUCAGCGAUGCAGCAGUCCGUCUAAAGCCAUUGGCACACAGCAAGCGAUCAGCUGAGACAAUAGCUGGUCCAGCGCUACUCAGAGCUGCAAGAAUAGUGUCAUGUGAUGCACCUCAAGCCUCAUAUUAUGUAGCUCCCGAUCCUGAAUUCUUAUCACAUUCUUACAGAACAUAUAUUAUGGGACAUGUACUGGCUAUUACAUUGUUUAUGGUCGUUUUAAUGCAAUAAGUCGUUAAAGUGAAAAAAUGUUGCCAGUGAUAUAUUAAAAAUUAAU